AGGAGGAGGAAGACGUUUUGGAUGUGCUACGUGUCCAAAAAGACCUCGGCGAUCGGCUCCGACCAUAAAGCCUGGUCGUCUAUGCCGGACUGCCUACCGGGUUGGUUUACAUCCUCCGAAAACAUACUGUAUCGAGAAAACUCAUCACAUAAACUUGGAGAACAUGUCUGGGACCAAAAAACAGCGAACAGACCUCCAGAGAGCCACCAAUGUGGUGUACCAGGCCCACCAUGUCAGCAGGAGCAAAAGAGGCCAGGUGGUGGGCACCAGAGGAGGCUUUCGAGGAUGCACAGUGUGGCUAACAGGGUUGUCGGGAGCUGGUAAAACUACCAUCGGCUUUGCUCUUGAGGAGUACCUGGUGUCCCACGCCAUCCCCUGCUACUCUCUGGAUGGGGAUAACAUCCGACAAGGGCUGAACAAGAACCUUGGCUUCACCUCUGAGGACCGGGAAGAGAACAUCCGGCGUAUCGCUGAAGUGGCCAAACUGUUUGCCGACGCAGGCUUGGUCUGCAUCACUAGUUUCAUCUCGCCCUUCACUAAGGACCGGGACGAGGCCAGGAAAAUCCAUGCGGCCGCCGGGCUGCCCUUCUACGAGGUGUUUGUGAACGCUCCGCUGGAGGUGUGUGAGAGCCGGGACGUCAAGGGACUCUACAAGAAGGCCAGAGCUGGAGAGAUCAAAGGUUUCACAGGUAUUGAUUCGGACUACGAGAGACCCGAAGCCCCAGAGCUGGUGCUGAAGACUGGGGAGCUGACCGUCAACGAGUGCAUUGAGCAGGUGGUGGAGCUGCUCAAGAUUCAUGACAUUGUGCCCUCUGGUGUAACGGAAGAUGUGAAUGAGCUCUUCGUGGAGGAAAACAAGUUGGACCUGGCUCUAAGUGAUGCCAAUAUAUUGCCCGUUGUAAACAUCACCAAGCUUGACCUCCAGUGGGUGCAGGUUCUGGCCGAAGGCUGGGCCACCCCACUCAAGGGCUUCAUGAGGGAGAGGGAGUUCCUGCAGGUCCUCCACUUCAGCACUCUACUGGACGGUGGGACGAUCAACCUGUCCGUGCCCAUAGUCCUGCCUGUGUCCACUGAGGACAAGGAGAGCCUGGACGGCUGCGCCGCCUUCGCCCUGCAGUUCAGAGGUCGCCGAGUCGCCAUCCUCCGCAACCCCGAAUUCUACGUGCAUCGGAAGGAGGAGCGCUGUGCCAGACAGUGGGGCACCACUUGCCCCCAGCACCCCUACAUCAAGAUGGUGAUGGAGAGCGGUGAUUGGCUUGCUGGCGGUGAUCUGGAGGUGCUGGAGCGAAUCAAAUGGGACGAUGGGCUGGACCAGUACCGCCUUACUCCAAGAGAACUGAGACAAAGGUUCAAGGAUAUGAAAGCAGAUGCCAUCUUUGCCUUCCAGCUGCGCAACCCGGUCCACAACGGGCACGCCUUGCUGAUGCAGGACACCAAGCGGCGUCUCCUGGCGCGCGGCUACAAGACCCCGGUCCUGCUCCUUCACCCGCUGGGCGGCUGGACCAAGGAGGACGACGUGCCGCUGGACUGGCGCAUGAAGCAGCAUGCCGCUGUGCUCGAGGAGGGCGUGCUGGACCCAGCCAACACCAUCGUGGCCAUUUUCCCAUCACCCAUGAUGUAUGCUGGACCAACAGAGGUGCAGUGGCAUUGCAGGGCCCGCAUGAUCGCCGGCGCCAACUUCUACAUCGUCGGGCGCGACCCCGCUGGCAUGCCUCACCCCGAGACCAAGCAGGACAUGUAUGAGCCCACUCACGGGGGCAAGGUGCUCACCAUGGCACCAGGCCUGACCUCUGUCGAGAUCAUUCCCUUCCGCGUGGCCUGUUAUAACAAGGUCAAGAAGGCCAUGGACUUCUAUGACAAAGAACGAAAUGAUGAGUUUGAGUUCAUUUCGGGGACCAAGAUGAGGAGGCUGGCCAGGAGUGGAGAGAACCCACCCGACGGUUUCAUGGCUCCCAAAGCCUGGAAGGUUCUCACCGAGUACUACGGUUCUCUGCAGAAAGACCAGUGAGCUGGGGCAUGUUUUAUUCCAAAGGCUGCAUUCAGACAGGGCUCUCCCAUGUGCACAACUCUGAGAUGUGACAUAUUGGCUGCUAGUUUUUCUUUUCUGUUUUUCUUUGUUUUUCUCUGUUUGUCCCCCUGUAUUUUACCAUGCCCCCUAAGUGUUUUUGUACAGAACGGAAAACUCUGCAAAGGAUAGUACUGUAUUUCUCAUACAAUUCCGAAAAUUACAGUUACUCCCUCACAGUGAAACAUGUCAGUGUUCUCACCUUGUGGUCUUCUCUGCACCUGAGAAAAGAAAUUAGUCAUGCUUGUUCAUCACACCCGUUUAAAGUCUGAAUGCAGAAUGUACAUAAUGUAAGUGGCUAGAGAGAGAGAAAAUCAUAUUUUAUAUUUUAUUUGGAUUUUAAUACAAUCGAUUAGUGUGUAGAGGAAUAGUUUAUGCUACAUGCCUUAAAGUGGGGGUGUUCAGUCGUAUUCAUAAAGGCAUGGUUGUAGCCAGUUUGUUUUACAAAGGAUCUGGCAAUUUUGUGCGUCAGCUGACGAGUAUCGCGCGUUCCCAUGCGACCUUUUUUGGAUAAGAUUGGACAACCCUGCCUUAAUGAGAUACAGAAAAUGUGAUAUUUUAACUACAAGUUUUAAACGUUCCUUAGUUUUAUAAAUUAUCUGUAGUUUUUUACAUAAAGUGUCAAAACUGGCUUCUUACAACAAAUAUACUUAAAAAAAAUGUUGUGCCUUCUUCAAAACAAAGCAUGUGCAUUCAAGGUGCCAACUUGAACGUGAUAUGUGAAAGUGGAUUUUAAGAGGAAAUUACAUGUUACUGUUUUUUGUUUUUUUUCCACCCAUGUUUUUUGGUGGAUAUUCACUCCCUUUUUCUCCACUUCAUGGGUAGGUGGGUCUUCGUGUGCGAAAGGACACAAUAGCAGUAAUGUCAGAUCCUCUAAAUCUAUCAAACAAACAGAAAUGUACAAGCCAAUGUCUACAAUUGUCCAUUAGCUGUGAUAUCAUCUAUUACUGUCUCUUUUUAGGGUGCUCCUAAGAUGAAUCAAAUUGAUAUUUUUCAUCUUUGUCACAAAGAAUAUGUAAUGCUGCACAAGUAUUUACUUCUGAUAUGAAUUAAUAUGCAAAAGUAUGUGUGUUGGAUUGGAGGAGCAUCAACUGUGAAAAAAAUACUAUUGAAUGGAUGUUGGGUGUUUUAUUUUUAAAAAAAAAUAUAUAUGCACAAUUUCAUUGAAACACAAAGAUUAUUGGAUUUUCCUAUUGGCUUCUGGUCACAGCCUGAAAAAAUGCAACAGCAUAUUUAUUGAUUUCCUAAAUGGUUACUUAACUGUCCUGCAUUACUGAAAUGUUGUCCUAUCUUUAAUGUGAACGUUAUGAGGCAUCUUAACAAAAGUUCAUGUGAGAGUGUCACUCCUUUUUACUACAUUCCACAGUCAUCCAGGUGAAGGUAAUGUGUUCAAGGUGUGGAUGAUCAGAAUCAAAUGUCAAUUAAAAGGUUUAACCAAUA